AUGGCAUUCAAAUCUGGUCUAACCAAUGCUGAAGGGAUUGCUGAUUGGGGUAAAGAACCAUCACCCUGUUCAUGGACCGGGAUUACUUGCAAAAAGGCCAGUGUUGUUACUCUUUCUCUACCCAAUCUUGGUCUGCGAGGGUGGCUUCAUUCAUCGCUGGCAUCCUUAUCAAAUCUUGAAGUUCUAGACCUCGCAGAUAAUGAAUUUUCAGGUCCGAUCCCAUCACAGUUAUGGAAACUCAUAAAGCUCAAAACCCUUGAUCUGAGCUUCAACUUUCUCAAUGGAACUCUGUCUUCUGAUGUCCAGAACCUCAGAAAGUUGGAAAAUAUGAACCUUGCCUCCAACAGAAUCUCAGGCAGAUUAAGCCCUGCUAUAUCCUCUUGUUCCAGCCUUCGAAACUUGAAUCUGAAUUCAAAUUGGUUCUCAGGAUAUAUUCCCGAGCAAUUAUCUCAGCUAUCCAACUUGCAAGUGCUAGAUUUGGGAAUGAAUACGUUUUCGGGUGCAAUUCCAUCAACCAUCGGAAAUCUUUCUGGCCUUCAAGUUCUCGAUCUUAGUAAUGGCCUCCUUUAUGGUAGCAUACCCAUCAGUAUUGGGCAACUAACAAGAUUGCAGAAUUUUGAUAUCUCGAACAACUCCAUAACAGGGCCUAUUCCUUUCAGCAUCGGGGAGACUAUGGCACUAAGGUACCUUCGAAUUGGAAAUAACAGGUUUUCUAGUUCGUUGCCUCAAGCAAUUGGCAAUCUGACAAACCUGAUCAGCCUAGAAGCUCCUUCUAGCACUCUCAAAGGUCCAAUUCCCAAAGAAAUUGGCAAUCUAAGAGGUCUAACAAAACUUGACCUCUCUGGAAAUCAGUUACAAUCACCAAUACCCCCAGCUAUUGGGAAGUUGCUGAACCUCACAUAUCUCUUCAUCAGUAAUGCAGAAAUAAAUGGGACAAUUCCACCUGAGCUGGGUAACUGCCGCAAGCUAAAAACUGCUGUCUUGAGCUUUAAUGAUCUUUCUGGACCAUUGCCAGAAAGUCUAGUAAGUUUGUCAGAAUCUAUUAUCUCUUUCAGCAUUGAAAAGAAUCAGAUUGGAGGGAAGGUUCCAGCUUGGUUGGGCAAAUGGCAUUUUGCUGAAUCUAUUUUAUUGGCAUCAAAUAAGUUCCAUGGAAGGAUACCCCGAGAAAUUGGCAACUGUUCAUCCCUAACUUACCUUAGCCUUAGCCAUAACCAAUUAUCUGGUAUAAUUCCUUCAGAGCUUUGCAACUGCAAAUUCUUGUCUGAUCUUGAUCUUGAGAACAAUUACCUGAGUGGAUCAAUCAAAGAAACAUUUCAAAAUUGCAAAAACCUCUCCCAACUUGUUCUUGUCCAAAAUCUACUUACUGGUACCAUCCCUGCAUAUCUAACUCAUCUUCCACUUCUGAGUCUAGAGCUUGAUUAUAACAAUUUCUCAGGAGGAAUUCCUGAGGAGAUAUGGAGUUCUAAAACACUAUUGGAGUACAGUGCAAGUUUCAAUUUCCUUGGAGCAAUAUUAUCUGCAAAGAUUGGCAAUCUUGUUACUCUUCAACGCCUUGUCUUGAAUAAUAACCGACUGCAAGGCAGAGUCCCAAAAGAAAUCAGAAAUUUGCAGGAGUUAUCGGUGCUCUCUCUUAGCCAGAAUAUGCUAUCUGGAGAAAUACCCAAUGAACUAUUUACAUUGAGGUCUUUAACAAGCUUGGAUCUUGGGUUUAACAACUUCACAGGAAUUAUUCCAGAAAAUAUUCAGGAUCUGAAAGAAUUGGAAUACCUGAUUCUCUCGCACAACCAAUUAUCAGGUCCACUUCCAACGGGGCUAACAGAGGGCUUCCAGCAAGCUCUGAUUCCUAGAAUGAGUUAUCAACAGCAUCGGGGAGUUUUAGAUCUCUCUAUGAACAGGCUCUCUGGCUUGAUACCUGAACAACUUGGAAACUGCUCUGUGAUUGUAACUUUACUGCUUGCAAACAAUAACUUCACUGGAAAGAUCCCAGCAUCGAUUUUUCGACUCCCACAACUUGUUUCGAUCGAUGUUUCUUCAAAUAGAUUGGAAGGCAAGCUACCAACUGAGGUAGGAGAUGCAGAGAAGCUUCAAGGUAUGAACCUGGCACGCAACAACCUAAGUGGACAGAUUCCUUCAGAAAUUGGAAAGCUUCAGCACCUGGUCAAGCUUAACCUUUCAGGGAAUCAGCUAAAAGGUGAAAUUCCUCCAUCCACUGGCAAUCUGAAAAGCCUUUCUGAUCUGGACCUUAGCAACAACUGUCUCUCAGGUGAGAUACCAUUUUCUCUUUCAAAAUUGGAAAACAUUGUUGGCCUUUACAUGCAAGAAAACAAACUCUCAGGGAAUCUCGGUCAGUUACUAAGGAAGAGCUCAUCAUGGCACCAAAUUGGUACCUUGAACUUGAGCAUAAACAAGUUAAAUGGAGAAAUUCCAAGUUCGAUCGCAGAUCUUCCUUACCUGACUUCCCUUGAUCUCCAUAAUAAUAGACUAUCAGGUACUAUACCUAGAUACCUCAGCAAUCUAUCUCAGCUUCAGUACCUUGACAUUUCCGAGAACUUCUUCCAUGGGCCAAUUCCUCAUGAGUUAUGUGACCUCACAGAAUUAAGAUACUUGAACCUUUCAAGCAAUCUGUUACAGGGCCAAGUCUUCAAGUGCAUAAAAUUCCGUGAAAGUUCUACUCCACAGACUGGUUAUUUUUGGGGAUCUUCAACAAAAGAACACGGCAAAACUAGACUCUGGUGGAAAUGCUACUUACUUGAAAUUCCAGUGCUCUUAGUUUUGACGCUUUGCACAACGAUUUCCAUUUUAUGGCUAUUUCUUGUUUUCCUGAAAAGGAAUACCCUAAAGUUGGGUAGUGUGAAGUAUCUCUCCAAAAGCCGAGAUAAUUUGAAUGAUAAUAGAGGUACUAUGUUAAAGCAAUCCUCGCUGCAGCUAACAUUCUCAGAUGUUGCCCGCAUUACAAAUAAUUUCUCUAAAUCCAAUGUGGUUGGUGAUGGAGGUUCAGGUACAGUUUAUAGAGGCAUCCUCCCCAGUGGGCAGUUGGUUGCAGUCAAGAAGCUAGGAAAAGCAAGAGACCAAGGAAGCAGGGAAUUUCUUGCUGAGAUGGAAGCAAUAGGAAAAGUGAAACAUAAUAACUUAGUUCCACUACUUGGGUCUUGUUCAUUCAGAGGUGAAAAGGUUCUGAUAUAUGAGUUCAUGGUGAAUGGAAGUCUUGACUUGUGGUUAGGGAACAAGCCUGGGGCUCUGGGAACAUUGGACUGGGAAACCAGGAUAAAAAUUGCUUUAGCAGCGGCAAGGGGUCUUGCCUUUUUGCAUCACAGUACCAUUCCUCCUGUUAUUCAUCGGGAUGUUAAGGCCAGUAACAUACUUCUGGAUCAUAAUUUUGAACCUCGGAUUGCUGAUUUUGGAUUAGCUAGGACUCUCAGUGGCUGUGAAACCCAUGUAACCACUGAAAUUGCAGGUACAUUCGGAUAUAUUGCACCUGAAUAUGGUCAAAACUGGAGAUCCACAACAAAGGGUGAUGUGUAUAGUUUUGGGGUAUUAGUGCUAGAGCUUGUCUCAGGGAAGGAGCCAACUGGUUUGGAAUUUAAGGAUUUGGAAGGGGGAAAUUUAGUUGGUUGGGUGAGAGUGAUGGUGGAAAAGGAAAAAGAAACUGAGUGUUUAGAUGGGAAACUCUGCAAGGAGAGUGAAGCAACGUCCAAAAUACUUAAGCUGCUACAUCUGGGUCUGCAGUGCACCAAUGAAGAUCCACUAAAAAGGCCAACAAUGCAAGAUGUUGUCAAUUGUCUUGAAUAUAUUGCAGUGAACUAUUAGCUUUUGUUCACUAGUUAUCUUAUGUUUGCCCUUAUGCAACGAUAUUCUGUACUGCAAUAAAACCCAGUGAAUCAUUCCAUAGUUCGCAAAAAGCAUCAUUGACGAAUCCACUAAGUUGCUUUAUGCUGAUGGUCAUUAGCAUACAGUGGACACUAGUUCAACAAAC